AUGUGGCUGCGCACAGCUUUAUGUUGGCUAGGCCUUCUCUCCACGCUGUUGGUCCGCAGUGCCAUGGACGAUGCCAACGCUCGAGGGAGGUACGGCUCAGAGUAUCGACCCUUUGCUGGAUUCAAUUUUGCGCAGCCAGACAAGUUCGGAGCAGAUUCUUCGGCUACAGGAUCGGGUUCCGCCAUCCGACGUCCACCUCCUGGCAGCCUCGUUCCUUCCGAUGCGCAGUUCCGCACCCCUGCCUCAACCCUCUCUCGAAAUCUAUAUGGUCCUGGGGAGAGGUUUCUCACCGAUACCGUGGUGGACGGUAAGAGACUGCGCAUGGUUCCACAGUUCAUCAUGGAGGAUCAUCGACCUUACGGUCCCUACACAGUUGGCCUGGAAAAUUUUGAAGUUAAACGGUACCCUCUUGACGUCAACUUUCUCCGAGGAACGUACCACCUUGGCAACAUGCCUGCCACAAGCUUCGAACAAUACACGUCUCCAGACAGCAGUUCAUUCUUGAAGAACAUCAUCUACCGGCCCGACCCCGACGUGCUGCGACGCAUCACGGAGACGGUGCAAGCGCCAGAGUACUUUCAAGGUCGGAAGCCACAGCUUGUCCACCCCUGGGAUCUGAACGGCCCCAAGCAGGGCGAGUUCCUGUGGCCACCUGUGCAUCCUGACGAGACACAACUGCAGCUGAAAAUGAUCCAUCCUAACAGGCAGCGAAUGGCUCGUGCAGUCAUGGAAGCGAUUGCUCUACAUGGCAGAAAUCAGCGCAACGUGUUUUCCAUGGUGAUACCACAAGUUCGAGAGCAGAAAAAGAGGUUCAUCAUGAUGGUGCCCGUUCAGUCAGAGUUCUUCACUUCCCCGCCGCACACAAGCCCUAACUCGGAUCUGUGGCUGUUCCUCGAAACUGUGCAAGACAGCAAGAAUAAGAUGCAGCCUCGAAUGGCUCUGCUCGGCGCCUCAUACCUGCCGAAAGACGCUACUAGCUUCUUGGUGGCUCACAACAUCAUUCGCCCUGCCAAGCUGAACAUCCUUAAUUACAUACACGGUAUCAGUUUUCAUGUACGUUGA